AUGGCACGGCUUUUUGCGGUGGUUGUUUUCUUUUUCACUGUCGGAUCCCUCGCAAAUCCCAUUGCAGGUCCUGAUUUUGGCGGCCUUAGUCUACCUGACCCGAACAUUCUCCUGGACAAGAGAAGUUGCACCAACCCACCAAAGGACUGCACAUGCUGCACCCAAUGUGCAUAUUGUACCGAUCAUCUAAAGCUGUGUGCUUGCAAAAUCGGUUGCGGUUACACUUGUUAA